AUGCCUACACCACUCCCAUCGAGUUUUGCCUCCGCCGCUGCCGGUAACACGCAGGACCCCAGUCGGAGAGGGGAUGGAGGAGCUGCUGGUGAAUGGUCUCGAUCUCGUAUGAACGGAGCCACUCAGACCUUCCGCCGCCCUUCUGUCGCUACGAACCCUUCUCACAUCCGGGAGAGUGGUCAACCUGCUUCAGCUUCGACACCGACGGCCUACAUCCCACCCCACAUGAGCUCAAAUACCACCCCCAGCACCCUACGCAACGGAGAAGCCCGAUACUCCAAGGAACAGCUCCUAGAGAUGUAUAAGGCGCAGCGGGAGAACGGAGCUUUGGGCAAAAACGUGGAGGAAUACUUUGUCGCCGACUGGGAUCCUCACAUGGUGUCAGCCCCCGCGAAUGGAGCGUGGGGGAAGCGGGACGACCACAAGUCCUCCGCGGGACCUGAAGUGUGUUGGGACCACGGAGGACAGGCUGAACCGUUGGGCUUGUCUGAUAUGUCGGAUGGAGAGAAAGAGAUAUUCUCUGCUUCGGUCAAUUCUCCCCUCAAGCCCCCCCCCACGAACGCGCAGAAAGAAAAUACUGCACCAGGUACUGGGGGUCGCAAACAGUCCAUCUCUUACACCCAGGGCCAUAUCAAUAACUACAAUACCUCCUCCCCGACGGCCAACCGCCCGGGCGUGAGACGUCGUGAGACCGGUGACUCGAUCGGCAACCCUAUGUCCCCCACCGGCUCCAACUCACGCUUUUUCCGCGAUGAGGCGACUACUUCCACCCCUCCCCCCGCCCUCUUGCGUCGUAAAACCGAUUUCCGGGAUCAAAAGCCUGACGACAAGGCUAAAGAAGGACAAGAAACUGCUUCUCCCUUUGGCUCUUUGAAACGAAGCUCGACCAACCCUUUGAAUACCGCUGUGGGAGGACCAGGCUCGCCUUGGGGCUCGGCUUCGCACAAUGCCAACUUCUCUCCCAUGGGCGCAUUUGGAGCAUUCUCCUUGGGUUCCAACACGGCCCAAACGCCAACGGAGAAAAAACCUGGAUAUGGAAGCCUUCGUGGAGAAAGCCGAUUCAAGGACCUGCUUUCUAAGGAUAGCUCCGAGGAUAUUGCCGGAUCUGCCAAGGAGAAGAACCUGUCCAGCCUGGAGCGCCUGACCGAAGAUAAUGGUGACCAACGUUCGCAGUCUCCUUGGGGGGAGGGGCUCAAGACGCGUGCGAACCGUAGUGAAACCAAUCCUUUCGAUGAGCCUCGCAGUGGUAGCGCCGCGCUCGGCGGAUCUCAAGAUCUCGAAGCGCCGUCCCAAGAUGACCUCGGUUUUGGCGCGUUCGGAAUGACCUCAAGCAUCCCAGGCUUCCGCGAGUUAAUGCAAAGCCAGGAGAAUUCCCGCAACCCUACUCCGAGCUUGCUCCAGGGUCAUGAACCAACAAGCCCCACAAACACCAACCCCUAUCAAAGCCCUCAAAAUGAUCGGACUGCUGCCGACCCAGAGGAUCUGGAUACGGAUGGAUCAGACAUCCAGAAUUCCCAACAUCCCGGUCUUAGUGGCUUGCGGGAUCCUUCAAACCCCUUUGGAUCGAUGAGACGGGUCGGCUCAGGCAUGGACCUGCCUACUAUUGAUCGCAGCCAAAACUCCAGCGCCAACGCCAACCGUAACUUCUCCGGUCUUGGUGGCCUCGGUGGCCUCUCCUCUCUCGGUGGAGGUGCCGCUUGGCCUUCUGGAGGUGCCAUCGGUACUCCAACUCGCGAACGCUCUGCUUUCGCUAGCGGUUUCGGUGAUCCCAUCUUCGGCUCCAUGGGUGAUCUUCAGUCUCCAAGCCUGUCUACACUUGGAGGUGGAGGUCUCUUUAGCCCUCAUGCUGGUAUGUCCGGAACCGCCAGCAUAGGCCGAUCGAGCAAACUCGGUGCCCUUUUCUCAUCGGUGCAGGACGAACAAGGUCGCUCAGACUCGGUCGGCCUGGAAGAUGGACUUCGACAAACGGACCUCCAGCAGACGGAAAGACCCGGCCAGGCAAGCAAGCCCGGGUCAAACCCAUCUCAAACACCUGUUUCGGCUCAACGUUGCAUGGUGAUGCCUGAUCGCAUGCGCUGGAUCUAUCGCGACCCGCAGGGCAAUGUCCAGGGACCAUGGACAGGACUUGAGAUGCACGACUGGUUCAAGGCUGGCUUUUUCAGCCCCGACCUGCAAAUAAAGAAGCUCGAGGAUAUUGAAUUUGAGCCACUGGCUCAGCUGGUCCGACGUAUUGGCAAUUCGCGCGAGCCCUUCCUUGUUCCCCAAAUCGGCAUCCCCCAUGGUCCCGAACCUACUGGAGCUCAGUGGACUGGCCCUCCUGGGCAAAACACUACUAGUGCUCAGCCUCCAUUCCCUGGAAGCUUCCCAAGUUUCGGCACUACCUUGACCGCGGAGCAGCAGAACGCACUCGAGCGACGCAAACAGGAGGAACAAUAUCUGAUGGCUCGUCAAAAAGAACAUCUCGCCCAGCAGCAAGCUAUUAUGAAGCAGAUUGGCCCGUCUACUAUGCAGCCCCAGUUGCAGCACCAAACUAGCGCCCACAGUCUUCAGAGCCAGCCCAGCUUCGGUAGCAUUGCUUCGCCGUCUGGUUACCAGCCAUCUCCAAUCCAGGCGCCUGGCCAUGGCCAGCAGCAGCAAUCACAGCAGCAAUCGCAAGGUGGGGUUGCCGGUUUCUUCGAUGCAGCAGCACCUACUCGACAGGGUGGUCUCCCAAAUGUUGGACCUGGCAUGCUAGGAACUGAGCUUGGUAGCCAAGACCAACUUCCGGCUCUACUGGAUCACCUGAACGUCGGCCGCCAGGACCCCUUUGCCUUUGGUGCAUCCAAUUCAUUCGCUGCUCGCCAGCCUGACAGCUUCCUGCAUUCCCAGCAGGUCUCUUCAAUGCUCCAAGAUCGUGAGGCGCUUCAGCAAGAACAAGAACAGUUUGACCAGCUCAACUCAAAUGAUCCCUUUGAUCAGCAGGCGCGUGAGGAGCGACUGCGUCAGUUCCAUGCUCUGAGAGCCCAAGAAGGUGACUUUGGCAUGCGGACCGUUGAUGGCUUGCCAACUCACCCAGCUGCUGCUUCCGCCCAGGACGCUGAGGCUGCUGCUACCAGCGAAGAGCUAGCCCUGGAAGCCCUCUCAGCUGAUGAACCUACCGAUGAGCCUACUCUCACUCUGUCUCAACAGGUCCACAAGGCCGCCUCUGCCCAGCGCCAACAGCAGGAGCAAGACCAGCAUGCUCAGGCUGUCCCUGAAAAUGUCUGGGGAAUUAAGGCCGAUAGUGCUAUGCCUCACCCCUUCCCCCCGCCCCCCUCUGCCUCGCCUCUACCCGCCCCCGCUGCUCAGCGCAACCGCCAGAACAUGGCUGAAUCUCUCGUCGCCGACUCUCAGUCCCGGACCCAAACCCCAAUUGAUGCGGCACCCACUUCUGUCGCCCCGUGGGCAAAGGAUACCGUCGAAGUGCCGAGGGGUCCCUCUCUGAAGGAGAUCCAGGAGGCCGAAGCUCGCACUGCUGCCCAGCGCGAGGAACACGCCGCCGCUGCUCGUCGCGCUCAGUUCCUUGCAGAGCAAGAGCGUCUCAGCCAUGCCCAAUCUCAGGUUGUCCCUGGUCUUCCCUCCUCCGCAAAUUGGGCCAGCUCUGGAUCCCCGGCUACUCCUACCGCUGCUAGCCCAGCCUGGAACACUAAGAGCCAGCCCGCACCUAUCACCAGCACCGCAAAGAAGACCCUGGCUCAGAUCCAGAAGGAGGAGGAGGCCCGCAAGCAGCGCCAAGCUGCUAUCAACGCCGCUGCCGCCCAACGCUAUGCCGAGCUUGCCAGCAAGGCCCCUGCUGCUACCGCCGCCGCCGCCGCCAGUGCUGCCCCUGUUCCUUCUAGUGCUUGGACAACUGUCGGUGCUAGUGGCAAGGCUAAGACUCCUCUUGCCGCGCCCCUUGGACCUCGCUCUACCAGUGGUACCAUUCCCGUUGCCCCUGCUUCUGUCUCCAAGCCUCGCCCAACUAUCGCUACCCGUACCGUGACCGGUGGCAGCGUGUCUCAGGGCAGCUCUAACCGCGCUAUGGAGGAAUUUACUAAGUGGGCGCAGCUGUCUUUGGGCAGAGGUUUGAACAGUAACAUCAAUGUGGACGACUUUGUUCAGCAACUUCUUUUCCUGCCUGCGGAGGCCGAGAUUAUCUCUGACUCCGUCUACGCAAACUCCCAGACCUUAGAUGGUCGCCGCUUUGCCGACGAAUUUAUCCGCCGCCGCAAGCUGGCCGACAAGGGUGUCGUUGACCCCGUCUCGCCCAGUGCUUUCGCCGAGCAGAAGAACGGCGGUGGCUGGAACGAGGUUGCUAAGAAGGGGUCUGCUUCCGGCGCUACCCCUUCCGCCCGUGAAGAGGAGAGUAACGCCGCAUUCAAGGUCGUCGCUCCCCGCAAGAAGGGCAAGCGCUAG